AUGUCGUUUGCAAUUUCUCAAGUGCCUACCACGCCAUUCACCGACCAGAAGCCGGGAACGUCUGGUCUGCGGAAGAAGGUCAAGGUUUUCCAGCAGCCAAACUACACAGAGAACUUCAUCCAGGCCAUUUUCGACUCGAUUCCAGAAGGCGCCGAGGGGUCGACUCUGGUUGUUGGCGGAGACGGAAGAUACUACAAUGACCACAUUGUGCAAUUGAUUGCCAAGAUCGGCGCCGCCAACAAGGUGAAGAAAUUGAUCAUUGGCCAGAACGGUCUUCUCUCGACGCCGGCUGCUUCCCGGGUCAUCAGAACGUACGGUCCCAACAGCGACGGCAAGGAGGUGACCGGAGGCAUCAUCCUGACUGCGUCGCACAAUCCAGGAGGACCAAACAACGACUGCGGAAUCAAGUACAACCUGGGCAAUGGAGGUCCGGCACCGGAGUCCGUCACCAACAAAAUCUACGAGACCUCUCUGAAACUGGAGUCCUACAAGAUUGUGAAGGACCUGCCCGAGGUGGAUUUGUCGAAGAUUGGAACAAAGACGUACGGGCCGUUGGAAGUUGAGAUCAUUGACUCCACUGCUGCGUACGUGGCUAUGAUCAAGGAGAUAUUCGAUCUGGACCUCAUCAGGUCGUUUAUUGCUAAAAAAACCCCUCAAGGAUUCAAGAUUCUGUUCGAUGCGCUGAACGGAGUCACGGGCCCUUACGGCAAGGCCAUCUUUGUGGACGAGCUGGGACUGCCCGAGUCGUCGAUCCAAAACUACGUUGCAAAGCCAGACUUUGGCGGUUUACACCCAGACCCUAAUCUGACCUACGCACGGACCCUGGUGGACAGAGUCGACGCUGAGAAUAUUGCAUUUGGUGCUGCUUCUGACGGAGACGGAGAUAGGAACAUGAUUUACGGAGCCGGAGCUUUUGUUUCUCCUGGAGACUCGGUUGCUAUUAUUGCCGAACACGCACAAAGUAUCCCAUACUUCCAGAAAAACGGCGUCCACGGAUUGGCUAGAUCGAUGCCUACCUCUGGAGCACUCGAUCUUGUUGCCAAGGCCAAGGGAUUGAACAUCUAUGAGGUGCCUACCGGAUGGAAGUUUUUCUGUGCGCUGUUCGACGCCAAGAAGCUGUCGAUCUGCGGUGAGGAAUCUUUCGGUACCGGCUCUGACCAUAUCAGGGAGAAGGACGGUCUGUGGGCCAUUGUGGCCUGGCUGAACGUGCUGGCUGCCUUUGAGAGGGACCACCCGGAGAUCGAGCCUACCAUCGCCAACAUUCAGAAAUCGUUCUGGAAGAAAUACGGAAGAACGUUCUUCACGAGGUACGACUACGAAGAGUGCGACAGCGCGGACGCGGCCAAGGUGAUCAACCUACUGCAGGACAAGGUCGACCAGGGCCAGGAAUUCAUUGGCUCCGCGAUAGGAAGCUCCGGCAAGGUCGUCGAGGCGGCCAACUUCUCGUACACGGACCUGGACGGCUCUGUCUCGAGCAAACAGGGUCUGUAUGUGAAGCUCGACUCUGGCCUGAGGUUCGUGGUCAGACUGUCUGGCACGGGCUCGUCGGGUGCCACAAUCAGACUGUAUCUAGAGAAACACUCUGCGGACGUGUCUGACGAGAACCUGGCCAAAUCUGCGUCCGACUUCCUGGCGUCCGACAUCCAGAGCGUUGUCAAGUUUCUCAAGCUGCAGGAGCUCAUCGGCAAGGAGGAGCCGGACGUGAGAACCUGA